GAGACCCAGACACCACAAGCAAGGACGAGUCGAGCACCGGCGUUCGCCUCCGAAACAGAACCAACCACCUGGUCUGGCCUGGCCGUGUCGCACGCCUUCCAAAUAUUCUUCAAACUCUCACGGCUCCUCGCGGCCUCGCCCACAGCAGAACAGAGCAGGGCGCCGGGCGGGGGGGCGAGCUGAUCGAGAGGAGCAGGGCCGACAUGGGUGCCGCGUUCCUGGCUUCCUGGCCGUGGGACAACCUCGGCUUCUACAAGUACGUGCUGUACGGGCCGCUGGUCGGCAAGGCGGCGGCGUCGCGGGCGUGGGAGGCGGCGAGCCCCGACCGGUGGGUCCUCCUCCUGCUCGUCCUCUUCGGCCUCCGGGCGCUCACCUACCAGCUCUGGAGCUCCUUCAGCAACAUGCUCUUCGCCACGCGCCGGCGCCGCGUCGUCCGCGACGGCGUCGACUUCGAGCAGAUCGACAGGGAGUGGGACUGGGACAACUUCUUGAUCAUGCAGGCCCUGAUGGCGGCCACGGCGCUGUACGCGUUCCCGCCGCUGCGCCACCUCCCGCUCUGGGACUCCCGCGGGUUCGCCGUCGCGCUCCUCGCCCACGUCGCGGCCACCGAGCCGCUCUUCUACGCGGCGCACCGGGCGCUCCACGCCAGCGACAGCCUCUACGCCCGCUACCACUCGUUGCACCACUCCAGCAGGGUGCCCCAGCCAUUCACAGCCGGGUUGGCGACCCCGCUGGAGAGCUUGGUGGUCGGCGCGCUGAUGGCGCUGCCGCUGGCGGCCGCGUGCGCCGCGGGGUGCGGCUCCGUGGCGCUGGCCUUCGGCUGCGCGCUGGCGUUCGACGGCCUCCGCGCCAUGGGCCACUGCAACGUCGAGGUCUUCCCCAGCAAGCCCUUCCGGGCGAUCCCAGUCCUCAGAUACCUCAUCUACACCCCGACGUACCACGUGAUCCACCACACCAAGAGGGAGGCCAACUUCUGCCUGUUCAUGCCGCUGUUUGAUCUCCUGGGCGGCACGCUCGACGCCCGCUCCUGGGAGAUGCAGGAGAAGACGAGCGCAGGGGUGGACGAGGUGCCGGACUUCGUGUUCCUGGCGCACGUGGUGGACGUGAUGCAGUCGCUGCACGUGCCCUUCGUGCUGCGGACCUUCGCGUCCACGCCCUUCUCCGUGCAGCUCUUCCUGCUGCCCAUGUGGCCCUUCGCCUUCCUCGUCAUGCUCGCCAUGUGGGUCUGGUCCAAGACCUUCGUCAUCUCCUGCUACAACCUGCGCGGCCACCUGCACCAGAUGUGGGCCGUGCCGAGAUACGGCUUCCAGUACUUCCUGCCGUUUGCCAAGGAUGGCAUCAACAAGCAGAUCGAGCUCGCCAUCCUGAGGGCCGACAAGAUGGGCGUCAAGGUCCUCAGCCUUGCAGCUCUCAACAAGAACGAGGCGCUCAACGGCGGCGGCACGCUGUUCGUGAACAAGCACCCGGACCUGCGCGUGCGCGUCGUCCACGGCAACACGCUGACGGCGGCUGUGAUCCUGAGCGAGAUCCCCGAGGGCACGUCGGAGGUUUUCAUGACCGGCGCCACCUCCAAGCUCGGCCGGGCCAUCGCGCUCUACCUCUGCAAAAAGAGGGUCCGCGUCAUGAUGAUGACGCUGUCGACGGAGCGGUUCCAGAAGAUCCAGAAGGAGGCGCCGGCGGAGUUCCAGCAGUACCUGGUGCAGGUGACCAAGUACCGGUCGGCGCAGCACUGCCGGACGUGGAUCGUGGGCAAGUGGCUGUCGCCGCGGGAGCAGCGGUGGGCGCCGCCGGGCACGCACUUCCACCAGUUCGUGGUGCCGCCCAUCAUCGGCUUCCGCCGGGACUGCACCUACGGCAAGCUCGCCGCCAUGCGCCUGCCCAAGGACGUGCAGGGCCUCGGCGCCUGCGAGUACUCGCUCGAGCGCGGGGUCGUGCACGCGUGCCACGCCGGCGGCGUCGUGCACUUCCUCGAGGGCUACGCGCACCACGAGGUCGGCGCCAUCGACGUCGACCGCAUCGACGUCGUCUGGGAGGCCGCCCUCAGGCACGGCCUCCGGCCCGCAUGAUCCGCCGGCUCGAUCGGUCGGGCGCCUUGUUGUUUAUUGGAGGGGCCGGACCAGACCGGAAAGGCACGGCAUGGCUUUGUUGUUACCUUCCCCCCUUUGUGUCGCUUCAAAUUAAGUCUACCAUCAUCAUCAUUAUCAUCCGGCCGGGGUGUGUGGUUGGUUGUUGGUUGGUUCCUGGCUAUUCAUUUUGUUGUUCCAAUUAUUCUUUUUCUUUUCUUUCAAAAAUAUGUAUACUGCAAACUAUAUACAUACUACGAUACAUGAGAAAAUAUAUAAUGUGGAAAAUAGGAGGGAGAAUACAUACCAUGAUACGUGAGAAA